UGCGACCAUCCGCCCUCGUGAGAGAUGUCGACGCGGCUGCUCAGCUGCCCCUGUCAACCGAAGGCGUCCGACGCUCCUUGGGCAAAGAGGCUAAAGGUUUGGGAUGAAGGUGGCGCGAGAGUGGGAAAUAAUCAACGGCACCCGGCAGGCCCUGUCUCACGUCAACGUGGACACGGUGCAGGACAUCUUCAAGCGCUUCGUAAAGUGCCGCGACCAGCCGCUCAGUCUGUACAAGCUGCUCGGCGACCAGCUGAUGGCCAACAUCACCAGGUCUGUGGGCAGGGACUGGGCCUUCUCGUGGCUUUGGUCGGACGUGCAGAACCCCGAGUUGUCCGAGAAGCUCGCACACUUCGCCGAUCCAAAGGCGCCUCUCGUUCCCAAGGGCCUGACCACGCUCACUGACCUCGAGUCCAAGAUGAAGGACGUCAAGUCGCUUCAGUUCGAGGACCUGCACGUAGCAUCUUACCUGCGAGACGUUGACAGCCUUAGCUUCAACACGGAUGCUUUCGUAGCCCUCUCGACGAAGUUGACUGAUAUCCAGCAGUCUGUGCAAGACGCGACCAUGAAGCAGAAGAUCUCCGACGUCCUGCAGCAGGUCAAGAAAACCAUGGACGAGUACGCCAAGGGGGAACCGAAAAAGGUGCGUCUGUUGGCGUAGUCAUCC